UUCUUAAAAUGACUGAGGCUCAAUGUUUAAACCAUUACGUUAGUGACUACUAUAUGAAUUAUACUCUUCAUUCAGAGAAAGAUUUUGGUUUAGUAUUAUUUUUUGAAUCUUCAAUGACAGAUGUAUUACUAGAAGUUAAUAACAAUAUAUUAUUAGUAGUUGAAAGUGUUGAUAAUAGCAUAUCUGAAAUUAAUAGUUCUGAUAGUAAAUCUAAAGAUAGUCUCUUAAAAGAAAUUUAUAGUAAGCAAACUUUUACUUCUUUUGAUAUACUUGAACAGUAUUUAAAACAUUAUUCUGUGCAAAUAGGUUUUGAAACAAAAAUUGUAAGAGCUAAAAAGAAAAUGAUGUUUGGGCUUGUAAAAUAUACAAAUAUUAGCAUGGAGAAUUAUAAUCACAAGCUAAAUGAUAGCGAAUUAAUUAAACAGUUUGCAUCAUCAUUAUGUAAGUUACUUACUAAUAUUAAAGAAGAAAUCUGCUUUUAUGUUCAAAAGUAUCAAUUAGAGGUGACCGUUUUAAAAUGA